AUGCUGCCCCUGGCCGUGGCGCGGUGCCUGGCUUCCCCCUGCUCCGGACGCGUGCUGGUGGCGCCUUGGCCUGUCUCGAGCGGCAUGUUCCAGUCCGCGUGGUGGUUGGAGGUGGAUGUGGUGAGGUGGAAGUGGGUCGGCAUGGAAGGCAGGGCGUCGGCGCCACCAGUGGUUGACCCGCUCGCGCAACUCCGAUGGGUGUUGGGUUCCAUGAUCUUGGUCAGGAGAAAUCCAUGCUUCGAAGAGGCCGACGAUAGUGACGCUCGUGGGCACCGUUCCUUCCCUGGAGGCGUUGUUUUGGCCCUGAUCUGGCUCCCUUCCUCGGGCUUAAGGGAAACCUUUGGUCCGUCCACCGGACCAGGCGGCGACGACGUCAUAGCGUCGUUUUUUUUUGAAGGCGUCGUCUUGUUGCUCGAGGAGUCUCAAUGGUGGGCUUCUAGGAUGUUUUCGUUAGAAAAAUGA